CAAAGCUAAAAAGGUAAACAAAGGGAAAAUAAGAGGAAGAACACGUUUACCAGACGAGAAUACAUUGAUUACCAAGGAAGAUUUAUACAUUAUUGAUGGCGGAAUUGAACGAAGCUGAAGAGUUUGAAUUGAAGCUGAGAAGGGUAAAAGACUGGCUUUCACAGGGGUCCCAUGAGCCAGCAGGGAAUAGGCAAGACAGUGAGGAAGAGGUGAAAGAGCACGAAGAAGAAACAAACGCGCGAAAGGAUCACUACUAUGACAAGCUGCAGAGAGAUCUAAUACAAAAGAAGAAGUUCUUACGGGAAGCGAAGAAAGCUCUGUUUCAGUUGCAGGCUCCGGAAACAGUCGAGGAAGAGUUACAAGGUGUCCUGUACACUAAUGAACGUUUACCGUUUAAGGAGGAACGUGGUGAUUCCAUAGGCUUAGUGCUGGCGCUAGGCAAGGUGGAAAGCCAGGUUGUGGAGUGUAGACAGCUUUUGGAGAAACUGAACAAGGACUCAAGGCUAUUGGAUGAACGACUAGCUAUUGAGAAAGGAUGGAACGAUGAACUGAACCUGUUAGUUAACGAGCUCUCCAAAAGGCAAGAGAAACGCAGUGGAGAGUCAAACGACAGAACUGAAGAUGGCGUACGUGCCCAGUCAAUGGAUGAAACUGCUCUAAGAGCUAAAAUUGCGGAGGAGAAACAAAGAUAUAGACAACUUCGUAACUCCCUAAGGUCACUACAACAGACAUGAGAGACAUGUUCUAGCUAUUCUUAUGAGUGGAGACAGAGCAGAGACAAAAUGGAACUUGAUACCAAUGAAGGGUGUAAUACACUCCUCUAUUUAACAACCAGUUGUUGGGCUCAACACGUAAUAAUAUCUCUCCCUACUCAACAGAAACUACGUUGUAUAUAAAUAUAUCGCACCACAGACGGUGUGACGUAUCGUAAAUCAC